UUUUUUAUUUUUUUCUCGACUUUGAACCUCUUUGGGACCUUUUUGUUUUUAUUUUUAAUGCAUUUUUCCUGGCUGGUAUUCCUGAGACUGUGUUGGCUUUAGUGGCGUACAUUUUGUGUUGGCAUAUUGAGCUGCGCAGAAACUAGUUUUAAGUAGCUUCCACGGCAAGAUUUUUGCUUUUGUUUUUCGAAUGAGACAUUUCAAAAAAAAAAAAAAACAACUCCAUUUUUCAGGGCUGCUGUGUUGCCUCGGUUGUUUAUCUGAGUGUGGUGAUAUUUCCGAGGAGAGAAAUAUGGAAGAUUGUUCCAGUCUUUUCUGGACUGUGUUCAAAACGGGUCGCCCUUUUUCUGGAAACGUGUUUUUAAGAGGUUUUUUAAGCUCGUCCUGUGUUUUGCCUCCACCUGUAACUUGAUGUGCAGUCGUUGACAUUGACUCAUGAUGCGUGUUUUUCCUGUUUUCUUUGUGAUUUUGGCAGUGCUGAGACAGUAUAUUUUCUGCAGCGAAUCUCUCAGGAGUGAUGUAAUUUUUCAGGCAAGAUGUUUUUUCCCUCAAUGACAAGUGGGGGCGUUUUUUUUUAAAAGGAACAUUAACACCUGGGAUUGCUGUAGCAUUGGUGUGGCAGGAUUUGUGCAUUUGUUUUUGAAGCCACUUUUUUGAACGGCGGCAAAUCCCUCAUGGCCAGCAGCAACGUGACCAACAAGACUGACCCUCGCUCCCUCAACUCCCGCGUCUUCAUCGGCAACCUCAACACCCUCCUGGUCACCAAGGCCGACGUGGAGGCCAUCUUCUCCAAGUACGGCAAGGUCGUCGGCUGCUCCGUCCACAAGGGCUACGCCUUUGUCCAGUACGCCAAUGAGAGGAACGCCAGGGCCGCUGUGGCCGGCGAGGACGGCCGCAUGAUCGUGGGACAGGUGCUAGACAUCAACCUGGCAGGCGAGCCGAAACCUCACAGAUCGAAGACAGUGAAGCGUUCUGCAGGAGACAUGUACAGUUCAUCUAUCGAUUUGGACUAUGACUUUCAGAGAGAUUACUAUGACAGGAUGUACUCCUACCAGUCCCGGGUGCCUCCUCCCCCUCCUCCCCUGUCCCGCGCCGUCAUUCCCUCAAAGCGUCCGAGGGUCAGUCUGAGUGGAGGAGGGAGCCGACGAACCAAAACCAGCUUCUCCUCCUCCUCCAAGACCAGCCAGAGGACCUCCCGUACAAUGAAGGUAGAUGAUCUGCAGACCAUCAAGAGAGAGCUAACGCAGAUCAAACACAAGGUGGACUACCUGCUGGAGAGCCUAGAGCGCAUGGAAAAGGACCACAGCAAGAAGUCAGAGAUGAAGAGCUGCAAACCAGAACCAGGUGAGGUGUCCCCCCUCAACUCCUCCACCUCCAGCAAGAAAGAUGACAGCCUGAAACGGGGGCUGAAUGACUCAGAGGAGGAGGGAGAUCUGCUGGAGGACGAAGACGAGAUGAAAAGCAGAGGGAGAGAGGAGGAAGAGGAGGAGGAGGAAGGCGAGCAGGAGGAAGGAGAGGAUAACGGUGAUAGCGCCAACGGAGACGAGUCCUAAACACUCCACAGAAAUACACGCACAUACACAACACGAAUUGUGUAUGAUUGUAUCUCCACACCAGACUUGUACACAGUGGUCAUGUGCUCAUAUCUGCUGAACUGACUGGACAUUUAUAUACAGUGUAUUGUAGAUAUUGCUUUCUCACACACUGACACACACACACAUACACAAAUUCAUAAAUAUGUCAAGUACUUGUAAUAUGUCAAGAAUUUUCCAAGUUUUCUUUUAAGACGCUAAUUUGAGUUUUCCUUUUUUUCUGACAUUCUUUUAUUUGACUUUUAUAUGGACCUUUUAUGCGAUUGGAUAAAUGCAAACUAAGAUGUGUUACAUUCACACUGUUCAGUUGAGGAUAAAUGUAACACCUUAUAACAUUGUGUGUCUGAACUCAGGGCUAUAAGCCACUCCAGUAUGAAACGUUUAAGUAAGAAUUUCUGUUAUUAUUUUUUUUAGAUGACUGUGUUGACUUUAUGCCAAAAAAGAUUUGAGCUAAUCAGUGGCUGAAAAUGUUUCAAACUUUAAAAAGCUACUCCUGAUCCAGCAGCUGUACAGCUACCUCCUAGCCAGCAGGUGGCAGUGCAUCAUAACAACCGGCCACACGAAACACCACGAGAACUUCACCUUCUGCUUGUGAGAUAACAUGAGCAUGUAUUAAAAAAACCUCAUAUCCAACUGCACAAAAUGCUCAGAUGAAAUCCUUAUUGCUCUGAAAAUAGUUUUGUUUGUUGCCGAGGUGUUGCGACCUCAACUGAUCUCGACUUGUGUAAUGCAGUGCUACUCCAUGUUUGUGUGUUUCUGUUGAUGUUUUGUUUGUCAUUCGACUGCACUGGUGAAAGUGAAUAAAACAUGUUUUCCAAGUUGGAA